UGAAGGUCAAACCACAGGCAGGUGUGGCUUCCAGGAAAGAGGGGAGGCGAGGUGAAGGGCUGUGGACACUGGUCGGCUCUCCGCCCACUCCAGCCCCGCCAGUCCCGCCGGCUGCCCUGUCAUUUAGGGACAUGUGAGUCACGGGCAGGAAUCGGGACAAACACUCCCUGGGAGUGGGAAAAGUCUCUCCUGGUUCCCGGUCAGUGCCCAGAGCUGCGGACUCAGACCCCCAACAGCCCGGGUCCUGGCUGUGCUCCCGGCUCCUGCCUCCACGUGGCGUUUGGGUACCUCGGGGGACCCCCUCCUGCAGGAGACGGACCCCCUCCCCCAGGGGAGCACACCACGGGGUGUCGGUUCCUUCUGCUGUGGGUGAAUGAUUCUGGCACCUGUCUUCUGCUCCCAGGCCACAGAGGUUGGUGUGUCUUGUCCCCUGCUGAGCCUGGGUACCUGGAGCCACAGGAGACACAGAGGAGCUCCUGGCCCUGCGGCUCUGCAUUGAGCGAGCAUCUGGGACCCCGAUGGAGAACACAUCUCUGAGCUACGACUACGGGGAUUAUAGCGACCUCCUGGAUCUCCCCGUGGACUGCCCCAACGGCACCUGCCUCUCCGCCCGCCACGGCCACGUGGCCCCGCUCCUGCUCUAUGCCGCCAUCUUCCUAGUGGGGGUGCCAGGCAAUGCCAUGGUGGCCUGGGUGGCCAGGAGGGAGGCCGGCCGCUCCGCUGCGGCCGCCUGGUUCCUCCACCUGGCCGUGGCGGACCUGCUCUGCUGCCUGUCCCUCCCCAUCCUGGCCGUGCCCAUAGCCCAAGGGGGCCACUGGCCGUACGGGGCCGUGGGCUGCUGGGCUCUGCCCUCAGUCAUUCUGACGUCCAUGUAUGCCAGCGUCCUGCUCCUGGCAGCCCUCAGCGCGGACCUCUGCCUGCUGGCCCUCUGGCCAACAUGGUGGGCGGUGGCUUGGCGGGGGUGGGGGGUGCGGCUGGCCCGGGGUGCAGCCUGGGUGCUGGCCGUGCUGCUCACCGUGCCUUCUGCCAUCCACCGGCGGCUGCACCAGGAGCACUUCCCCUCCCGGCUGGAGUGCGUGGUGGACUACGGGCGCUCAGCCGCGGCUGAACACGCCGUGACCGCCGCUCGCUUCCUGCUAGGCUUCCUGGGGCCGCUGGCGGUCGUGGCCGGCUGCUUCGGGGCUGUUCUGUGCCGAGGCGUCCGACGCCAUUGGCCACUGUGCACGGCUGUCAUCGUGGGGUUUUUUGUCUGCUGGGCCCCCUACCACUUGCUGGGGCUGGUGCUGGCCGUGGCGACCCCGAACUCUGCGCUCCUGGUUCGGGCCCUGAAGGCGGAGCCCCUGAUGGUGGGCCUGGCCCUUGCUCACAGCUGCCUCAAUCCGCUACUCUUCUUGUAUUUUGGGAGGGCUCAGCUCCGACAGUCGCUGGCCGCUGCCUGUCGCUGGGCCCUGAGGGAGUCCCAGGGUGAGGACGAAAGCGUGGUCAGUAAGACAGUCCCCAGCCACGACCUGGUGUCGGAGAUGGAGGUGUAGGCAGUGGGACACGGCUCUCUCCCUUCUGUUCACUUUCACAAAUCUGGCUUCAGGCAUGGCGGGAUCCAGGGGCACGAUAGGUCAGCCAAUGGGGGCCUCUCGGGCCAGGCGAUGUUUCAGACAGAACUCGAAGAAGGGAGGGAAGUGCCGUGCUCAGAUCUGGGGAAUAUCGUUCCCAGGGAAAGACGACCAUAGCACAUUCCGGGGAUGUGGAAGAGGCCCAUGUGCAGGGGGAGAGUGGUGGGAGAGGGCAGGAGGGGGCAGUGGGGGGCAGCUUCUUCUGGGCCAUGGCCAAUGUUUGAGCCCAUGGGGAGGCUCUGAGCUGCCGCAGCUGGGUGAGAUACAGGACACACCGCUAAAUUUGAAUUUCAGACAAGGAAGUUUUAGUGUAGGUAUAGCCCAUAAAGCAUUUGGGACAUACUUAUGCUAAAGGUUGUGUUUGUUGUUUAUCUGACAUUCAAAUUGAACUGAGCACAAUGUAUUUUUUUUUUCCUAAAUGAAACAAGUUAUUCUCAGCAGAGGAGUGUCCUGACUUGACUUGGAUUUUUAUAAGAUUCUGCUGGUGGUGAUGUGGGAAGGGGGCAGGAAGGAGCCUGGUGAGGAGGCUACUGCAAUAGUCCUAGCAGAGGCGAGGGUGACUUGGGUCAGAGUAGCGGGGCAGAGGCGCUGAGAAGAUGACGGGCACUUAGCUUCCCGGAUCCUGGAGCACACGGAGUAACGGCCCCCAGUGAGGUCCACGUUGGAGUCCCCGAGCCUGUGUCUAUGUGACCCCACGUGGGACUUUGCGGGUUGGACCAGGUUAAGGAUGCUGAACGGGGUGAGCCCAGUGCCAUCACAAAGGGCAGGAGCGGGAGUCAGGAGCGGGCGUGGUGACGCUGGGCGCGGUGGUCAGAGCGGUGUGAAGAGGGGGCCGCCAGCCAAGGCCCCCAGACACCAAGACAGUGCCCUGUGUGCUUUUCCGUGGCACCCUCCGGGCUGUGUUGGAUGUCCUCAGGCUGGGGCCACGUGCAGGAACGCCCAUCGGAUGGAGCCCGUCUGGCGUGGUGAGCUCUCGCUGCCUGUGGCUGUCAGAUGCAUUGCAGCGGAAAUCUAGGCCCUCAGGCCCCCUGGACACAGCUCAAAGGCUCCACUGUGGCUCCCACACUGGACGCACAGUCAUGGGAUGCCUCUGGCCGUGUAGCGCCAGGACCGCAACCGGCUCAGGGCUUUUGAAUCACACAGGGUGGGUACCCGCGCUGCCAUCACUUCUCCAGGAAUUCACCUGACACAGAAUUCCACAACAAGCCGCGGCGAACCUCGUCCCAAGACUUGUGCUCUUCCCUGGAGAAGAUUCGCCCUCAAAGGCCCCCUCAAACGACACUUCCUCCAGGGAGCCCUCCCAGAUUACUCAUCCCCCUCCUAAGGCAGGGUGUGCUGGUUCCUAUUCUGAGACUCAGGACCGUAAGUUCAGAGACAAACUAUAAAUUCCCCAAAGACAACUCGGGACCAUUUUAAUUUCUGUCUCUCCUCCUCCUGUGCCAGGACGGAGAAUGAACCAAAUACUGUCUAUAGACUUGAGCUCCCGGAUGGUGGAGACCUGUUUUUUCCAGACUUUUUCUUCACAUAAACUUUGAAGAACACAAGUUCCCCACAGCACAUGCUGUAUUUGUGACUAUUGUAUUCAGAAUCUGAAGGCCAAGAGUGUCCUGUAGUAUGAAUUUUGUCCUGGGAAAAAGUCUGUGGCUUCUUGAAAAGUUUGGGGGAAAAAUCCUCCUGUAACCAGUUGGGGCCAUUUAAGAGAUUUCCUCAAUAAGUUCUGUCUGACAUCUUUUGGAUUUUUGAAAUUUUUGCCAUUGCUUACCUCAUUAACUGUAUUUUUUUAAAGAAUAAAUGUCAUGCAUAUCUGUGGUGGAAUGAGAAGGCCAUGCCAAGAUGGCCGCUGGCCAGCCAGCAUCAGUUACUCAGGAGUGGCUUCUAAACCACAUGGCAACAGAGCCUGCCUGGCAACAGGCUGUGAUUGGAAGGCUUUGGAAAUCACAUGGCAAUGGAGCCUGCCUGGCAACAGGCUGUGAUUGGUUAGGGCAUAGACCGCCCCUUGACUGGAUUGGCUGCCUUGGCUAUAUAAGCUGCUGUACCAACUGAAAUAAAUGAGUCUGCGGGCUGCUCGCCUCUGGCCUGCUUUCACCCAACUCCCGGGGUCUGUGUGGUGGCUCCAGGCCUCUUGCCCCCACCGCGCUCCUCCUCUCAAAACGAAUCCACAGCAACACAUUUCAAAUCUAUUUCUUGUGAGAUGUAGUGUAAGUCUGUUUUGCUGCUUGUUGUCAUUCUUCCUUUGUUGUUCUUACGUUUGUUUAUUUGUAUUGUUUGAUUUGGACUUUUUUUAAAACAAUAAAAUACGGAUUUCUUUAA